GCAGCUAGUUCUACCUGAGCAGGAACAGUGUUGUUUGACAACAGUGCACUGUUUUGAAGCGAUACCCCUUGCAGGUCCGACAGCUCUGUCAGGAAACGCAGGCCUGUUUUCAAGCAGCUAGCCUCACAUAACAUUACACCUAGCUGUAAGGUUAAUGUUAGCUUUUGCUUUCAUCCUAGUGCCACCAACCAACAUUACACUGGUUAUAUCAUGUCCAUUAAUAACACUUUUAAUAGUAAUUUGUAGGUCUUCUAAUUGAAUGCUUACAACAAUCUAGUUGGCAUAACAGUCAACUUCUGACUGAGCUCAUCGUUAGCUGCUAAGUUACCUGCCAUAAUUUCUGACUCAUUUUUACUUUGAGGGGUAGCUCUAGCUGUGUUGGUGUGAGAGGAGUUAGCUAGUAGCUUUGCCUACCAAUUAACCACUUUAAGGUUAAUUGUGGCGGUGAAACCACUAUGCAAUAACGGAAACGUCUCUUAGCCAGUUAGCUCGUUAGAUCUCCCCGCCAUUCUUUUAUCAUGUCUUGGCCAGUGAUUAAUAUGACCUGAGUUUUCUAGCCAACGGUGGUUAUCUGAAGUGUCGAUGCGAAGAGGUUAUGCUGCGAUGAGGAACCUAGUAGUGAUCAAGAGAGGCAGCAGCGUAGUAAGGUGACGGCAAAGUUUGCAAUCAUGUUUAUAACAGUCCAGUACAAUGUCACUCAAACUCUUGAUGACCGGCCUGAGCCUUUGGUGCUUUAUCAGUAUGGACCCAAAGACAUUGCUACUGUGUUUUUCUACCUUCUUAUUGCUGUCAUACUUCAUGCCCUGAUUCAGGAGUAUGUGCUUGAUAAAAUCAAUCGGCGGCUACACCUGUCCAAGACCAAGCACAGCAAGUUUAAUGAGUCUGGACAGCUGGCUGCCUUCUACCUGUUCUCCUUUGUGUGGGGAUGCAGCAUCCUGACCGCGGAGGAGUUUGUGACCAACCCCACCUUCCUGUGGGAAGGCUAUCCUCACACUCACAUGGCAUUUCAGGUGAAGUUCUUCUAUAUCUGUCAGAUUGCCUACUGGUUCCAUGCCCUUCCGGAGUUGUACUUUCAAAAAGUCAGAAAAGAAGACAUCCCACGCCAGUUGUACUACAUCUGCCUUUACAUCUUCCACAUCACAGGUGCCUAUGUCUUAAAUCUCCACCGUUUGGGCCUAGUCCUGCUGGUGCCGCACUACCUGGUGGAGCUGCUGUUCCACGCCUCACGCCUCUUCUACUUCAGUGACGAGAACAAACAGAAAGGGUUCACCCUGUGGGCUUUGCUGUUCGUGAUCGCACGGCUUCUGACCCUCACGCUCUCCGUACUCACCUUCGGCUUCGGGCUCUCGCGCACCGACAACCAGGGCUUCUCCCUGGCCCAGGGCAACUUCAACGUGCUAACUGUCAGGAUGACCUGCCUUUCGGCCAUCUGCCUGACCCAGGCCUGGAUGAUGUGGAAAUUCAUCAACUUCCAGCUGAAGAAGUGGCGGGAGCAAAGCCAGACCCAGGCCAUCAAGAAGAAGGCCGUCAGCCCAAAGAUGAAGCCCUCCAAGAAGGACUCGUCUCGAGGAGGUUCUGCAAACGGAGUGAUGAAGCCAGACGACAAGACAUCGCCCAGAGCGAGAAAAUCAAAAGCAUCGUAGAGAAGCAAAGACAGUUGAAUGGAGGAGGAGGGUCCUGUCCUCGUGACAUUCUAACUUUUCCUUAUAAAAGCAAGGUAGUCCUACUGUCUGUCAUGACAAAAAAAACACUUCACCACACAGACGAAAACCUUAAUCAUCGUGAGAAAGUUCAAGUGUGGGUCUACUCGUACACUUCUUUUUUUGUAAUCUUUUCUUCAGAAUGCACUAUGAGUUUAUUUUCUUACGUAUUCUUAGGCUGGGGAAAAAAAAGUCUUGGUGUUCAGCAGCUGAUUUUGUUUUCGCAAAUCCACCAGCUGCCAGUCUCAUGGCAGUUUUAAAAUUGUGCACAGGAAGGGUUUUGGAGGAUGUAUUAAAGAUAAGCACUGUGUGUAGGAUGGAUUUGAAGGACCAACCGCAUUCCUUCAAAACACUUCAAACUGUUGCUUAGGUUUUGGUUGAGGUCAUCCUCUGGGGGGGUGGGGUGGUGUUAGAGGCGUCCAUCUCUCUUCUCGGUCAGUAGCUGCAGACCUCUCUCUCCUCAAGGCUGCUAGAUUUGAGAAACACUGAAAGCAUCGCAGAGAAAAAAAAUGACAGAAAAGGAAUGGCAACGCCCUGCAGCCUACAGCUGAUAUACACCACUCAGCAUCCGUCACUGUGCCCGUCACCAAACAUGUGCACGAUUGGAGAGAGGUGGUUUGGGGGUAAAAAAGUGUCCUUUUUCCUGCUUAUUUUCAUUUUUAUUUUGUUUUUGCUGUAGUUGUUGAACAGUUUAGUGUCCUGCUGCUUUGCCUUUUGAGUAUGUUGUGUAAGAAAAAUUAAUGGCACCUAAGCGAUAGCUGAAAAGGUAACAAAGGAUGCUGUCCUUUCAGAGUCGGGUUGUUGUUUGUUGGAAUAUGCAGUCUUUAAUUGCCUGUGACUUCACGUAUGCAGAUUCAUGGAUCAGGGAGAUUAUGUCUGAAUGAGUAGGCUGUGUAUCUGUGUUUUCCUCAGAUCAAGCCUUAGCUUUAUGUGAAUCUCAUUAGGAUGUUUGAAAAGCAUGGCUCUUAUGGUAAACAACACAAACAUUGUGUGCUGUCUCCUAUGCUAUUAUUAAGAACUAGUCAGAAAACACACCAGAGCAAGCAUAAAAAACACUCCAGUCGGUGAAAGUGAAAUGACCCUCGUUUAAAAUGUCUUUUUAAAGAGAUUGUAUUUAUACAUCAUGUACAUUAUGUGUUGGAAUUGUGGUGGGCAGGAAAUGUCUGGCAUCUCGUGUUCUUAGAUACACAAGCGAUUGAGCAAGGGUGGAUUUGGUUGGGGGUCAGAAAAUGGGACGUCUGCUCCACAGGAUGUGUGGCGUUUUGACUGGCUCAAUCCUUCUGGUGGCUGGGCGUAGAAAGUAAACAGGGUAACAGUGUUUGUACAGAAUGUUCCCCAAUCUCUAACCUGUGGUGUAGUCCAAUUGUAAAUGGUUUAGUGACAAACCUGGGUGAGUUAACUCUAGAGUAAGAGGUAAACCUCCUAAUAGAAGGUUAUUUACCCAGGAAAUUUACCCAGGUACUGUACAUCACUAAACAACGAAAUACCUGCCUGGCUCAGCAACUGCUCCUGAGGUAGGAAGAUGUUGAAAAACAAGAGGCUGAGGGAAGCAUUACGUGUCUCCUCUGGUGUCUCAGGAGUCAGGGCAGAAGGUUAGUUGUUAUAGUUGAAGCCAGUCAGCUACUGUAUUACUGGUCCAGUCUUGGUGUACUGAGAGUUGAGACUGAAUGCAUGCAGAAGCAGGCAGAUCAACAUGGGUCACUCUCUCUGUAUUCAAGUAAGUAUUCAAAUUCUUAAGUUUUAUUGAAUAAGUACCUUAAAAUAUAAGUACACAUCGUUUCCAAAAGUACUUGAGCUUAAGGUUACUAGGCCUAACCUGUAAUAGCAUGUACCUGAAGUACCGUAUCUUGUAAUAUUUAUUACUUAAUUAAGUAUACAUAUUCAGAACACUUAAUUUAAGGAGAGAUGUAAAAGCCUUUAUGACUGGGUUUUUGUUUUUACCUGACGAGCAAGACUUUGUGUUUGAAGUGAAGCAAACUGGACCUUUUUUGAGAUGCCUAAGUGACAGAAAAGCGUUCUUUUAAUCUUCUCAAAACUUUCUUUUCAUCUUCUCUCUUGUUCUCGGACAGAAGUGAAUCUUAUUAGUUUGGAGUAUCUGCUGCAGCACAAGGUGUGUGUGGCCUUUUCUUAAUCAUUGGAGUGGUUUGUGGUUUUCGUUUUAUUUUUGUACCCUCCCCCUGUAGUACUUUAGUCUGAGUUUGUGUCUUUGUCUUGUUCUUUUAACGCUGGUACGGGCAUUGCUAGGUGAAGCGGCUACUUCAAAUGAUACAAUCCUUCUUCAAGUGUCCUUAAAAUAACUAUUCUAUUCUGUUGUGUUCUGACCACACUGAGUUUAUUUUUUAAUAUGUAUGUUGCCUUGUUGUGUAUGAUUGCUUAUGGAGCACUGACCUCAAGGUCAUUUUGUUCGUCCCGUUUAUUUUUUUAAUUUUUGGCUGUUGUGCACCUGGUAUAUAUCUGUAUAUUUGUACGAGUGUGUGUGUGUGUGUGUGUGCGCGCGUGUGUGUGUGUGCGUGCGUGCGUGCGUGCGUGCGCGCGCGUGUGUGUGUGUGUGUGUGUGUGCGCACAUGCACAUGUGUGUUUGCAUGUGGUGGCCUGUGCAUGAACCAGUUGGAUAUGUCUGUAAGAAACCCAUACCGAUGGGGCAGUGGACUGCAAAAGAACUGGAAUGUUCUGUUUUUGUUGUUUUUUUUUUGUUGUUUUUUUUGAAGUGCUUUUGAUUUCCAGUCACUUCACUAAAUAUCAAUAGAGGGACAGCUGAGGCGCCCUCUUUUGAACAUCAAAUAUAAAUACAUAUACACAUCAACACACAGAGAAACAAACCACACACACACAUGAACACAUGAACACACACAAUCGCCCUCUGUCAGAAUGCAAUGUUGCAUGACCAUUUUCUUGCCAAAAGUUGUAAAGUAGUGCCACUGUUCCUUGCCAGUGAUUUUGACAUUGCCAUCAGAUAUCCAUCCCUCCUGCACCUGUCCCUGACUCCAGCACCCAUCCGAUCAGAGACAGAUGUUAAGUUCUUUAUCUAAUGCUUUUUAUACUGCAAAAACUAAAUCCAACCCCAUAUGGUUGAACAGAAAAAUGCUGAGGGUAAACCGAAAGAAAGAGGCUGAGGAGAUGAUUGCCUGUCUUUAUUUUGUAGACAGACAGACAGACACAGAGGCGGUCGUUGCCGCUGUACCUGGGGACAAAGGAAGGUGCUUCUGGAAAAUGCUAUUCAAUUCCUAUAUGAUCACUCAACCCAUGUGGUCAGAUUUGGAAUCUGGAAUUUGGAAUUUACUUUCUUCAUAAAUGCAAAGUUUAUGAAGAAAGUAUUGACCUUCUGUUGUUGAGGUGUCCUCUUCACCAACAGAAGACAGUACAGUAGAGGUCACAGUAAAAGACUGCCCCUGGGAGGUAAACAUGGCAAGUCUUAGGAGGGAAGGAGCAGCUAAAGGCACUUUGUUUGUUUUUUAACAUGUUGUUGUCUGAUGUUUUGAGAUGAAAAAAAGAAGAGAAGUGAAAAAGAAAUGUAUAGAAAAAUAUAUUGAGACAUUGUUCUGAAUCCUUUGUCAGAUUUUUUGGAAAGCUAUUUUUAUAGAGCUCAAAAUAACUGUAAAGAAUUCAACAUUUAUUUAGCACACAAAUAUGUUUGUUUAUUUGUUUUGCCGCCUUACAGACUUCAACUUUAUUUUUAUACCAUGUGUGAAAGCAUGUGUGGGUCCAAAAAGCAGAAAAAACAUUGAUUUUACAAUGCUGUGAAAGUCUAGGACUACACAUGAAAGUGGAGCAGACAGUUGCCAUGUUUUGACAUGUCAUGUUGGUCUGUGAUGGGAGAAGACAAAAGCAGAAUGUCACUGCCAGGUAGAAAAGCCAAAUGAACUCUAACAGGACUGCAUUCAUUCUACUUGUCUUUUUUGUCUUUGUUGUUUUUGUCAUGUGGCUAAUAAGGUGUGUGCGUGCAACGUGCGUGCACUGUGCGUGCACCGUGCGUGCGUGUUGUGGAGUCCAUGCAAAGCUGAGUUUUGGUUUGUCACUGUGUUUUGGGGUGGGGAAGGGCAUAGAUAAGAAAGAAAAGGACAAAUGGACUUGUUAAAAGUUUUUCUCCAUGAAGUUUGUGUGUCCAUUUUGACAACAGAAGUGUGAAUUAAUAUUUUUCAUGCUCUGUCAUCUGUGAAACCUGAACAUGCAAAAAAACGCAGAAUGAAAGAAAACAACUUCUGGAUGCAGAUGGUUGGAUUGGUUCUUUUCCCCUGUAGAUCAUCUUUUUUGCAGAUGAAGUCCAAACUAUUAUGUGGAAAUGACACCAUUUGAGCGACAUCAUUCACAGUGUGUAUAUUCUAAAGAAAAUGUGUAAGAAUUGCACCAAAGCUUUCACAGGCAUCCGAGCUGGUAUACUGAUUUUUUUAACUUUAAGUUCUUUUCGUGCUUUGCAUACACACUGUUUUUUUUUCUAUGUAGAUGCUUGCCUAUAUGUUGAAAUAUAUUGUUUUUAUAAGAAAACAAAAUCUGGUUGACUGAGGAGUUUUAAAAUGUAUGUAUUUAUGCAACACUGUGUGAUUUGUUUAUGUUCUGUUUCAUGUUUCUGUUUGAUUAAAACUUUUGUUCAAUCUCA